AUGAGCACAACCGAUUCGUACCAGCGGUUGGAAAAGAUUGGCGAAGGGACCUAUGGCAUCGUAUACAAGGCAAAAAAUAAGAAGACAGACAAAAUUGUAGCGUUGAAAAAAAUACGUCCGGAGAACGAGGAGGAGGGCAUAUCCACAACCACGAUCCGAGAGAUAUCAAUCCUCAAAAAUUUGAACAACGAGAGGAUCAUAAAGCUAAUGGACGUGAUGUACAGCAAUAACAGCAUUUACAUCGUUUAUGAGUACUUGGAAACGGACUUGAGACGGUUUUUGGAUGAUUGCAUAUCAAAGGGAACAACAAUUUAUGAAGAAAAAAGAAGGGAAAUGGCACGACAAAUGGUCGAGGGAGUUGCUUACUUGCAUUGCAACGGGAUACUGCACAGGGAUCUUAAGCCACAGAACAUUUUGAUUGAUGGAAGCGGAAAUAUAAAAUUGGCGGAUUUCGGGCUUGGACGGACACUGCGUCUACCUAUCAAAACACUUACACACGAUGUAAUAACGUUAUGGUAUAGGCCUCCAGAGAUACUGCUAGGAUCGAAACACUACGCCUCAAGCGUUGAUGUAUGGAGCUUAGCAUGCAUCCUUGCAGAGCUAUUUACGUUAAAACCGAUAUUUCCUGGUGAUUCAGAAAUAGACCAGCUGUAUAAAAUAUUUAUGAUCCUGGGAACACCUGACAACACGAACUGGAAGAACGUCACAUAUCUUCCAAAUUAUCAAGAAUCGUUCCCAAAGUGGGAGUGUAUUGAUCUGAACAUCAUUCUUAAGGAUGGUUUGUUCACGGAUCUAAUCAAUAACAUGCUACGGUACAACCCUAUGGAUCGUAUGCCUGCGAUACAUGCACUUAAUGAGCCGUAUUUUACGGAGACUGCUAAUUAAAUGAGCUA